UGGAAGAGUUUCGCAACGAGGAGGGAACGUAAAACCAUGAUCAUUUGACUUGGUUGUCGAAUGAUGGUCCCGAGCUUCUUCUAUAAGGACGCCUCGGAUGUGCUUCUCAUGCUCGUGCAAGAAACGAAGAAAAGACCACCCCAGAUAAACCAAAACAAACCUGUCAUGGCCUCCUCAUCUCAGAAACAACCCUCCAUGUUGUUCCUCGCUUGUGUCCUCCUCAUGCUCGUGCCAGAAUUGCCUUGCCUCGCUUCGUCUCGAAGCUCUUCUCCUGUGGCCCUUGCCGGUGCUGGUAACCGAACGGGAAAUGAGGAAGCGGAGGCGCUCCUAGCAUGGAAGGCUACGCUAGACCGCCAGAGCCGCCAUGCGUUGUCGUCGUGGAACGGAAGCAACCCUUGUUCGUGGCGCGGAAUCGAUUGCGACCCUCUCGGCAGCAUCGCGAGCUUGGAACUUUCAGAUUCUGCCAUGCACGGUACGCUUCAUCAUCUCAAUUUCUCCCGGUUACCAAACUUGGUCACUCUGAAGCUGUCAAACAACUCGCUCUUCGGGAACAUCCCACCGAGCAUGGCUUCUCUUGCCAAGCUUACUCAUCUGGACUUGUCUCGAAAUAACCUUUCAGGAAGCAUCCCAACUCAACUCGGGUCAUGGAAAUCUUUACAAGUUCUCGAGUUUUCACGUAAUAAGCUUUCUGGUCCUAUCCCUCAAGAAAUUGGAAACCUUACAUCUCUCUCGACACUCGCUCUCGUCGAGAAUGACUUCAGUGGCUCUAUCCCUGAUUCAAUAGGAAAGUUGGGAAAUUUGGCUAUCUUACUCCUCGAUGAGAACAAUUUCUCUGGCUCUAUUCCUUCCAGUAUAGGAAACUUAAGCAAGCUCAAUGAGCUCAGUAUACGUGUGAAUAAUCUGGUGGGUUUUCUUCCCACCGGAUUGAAUAAUCUCACAUUCCUCACACUCCUAAGGUUAUCUUAUAACGACUUUGUUGGCCAAUUGCCACAAGAAAUAUGCAGUAGCCAAGCUCUUGUGAAUUUUACUGCUUUGAACAAUCACUUCACUGGACCCAUCCCGAGAAGCCUAAAAAAUUGUUCUAGUUUGCAUAGACUUAGGCUCCAAAACAACUCGCUCACCGGAAAUAUAACCGAUGCUCUUGGUGUAUACCCCAACUUGGAUUACCUUGAGUUGAGCAACAAUGAACUUUACGGUGUGCUACCACCAACAUUGGUUGAAUGUAGAAAUUUGACGAGCUUGUUAAUCUCCAACAAUAGAAUCUCCGGCACCAUACCACCUCAGCUUGGAAACAUGAAUAAAUUGGGCAAACUCGACCUCUCUUCAAACGAUAUUGUUGGGGAAAUUCCUAAAGACCUAGGAAAAUUGAAGUUGCUGUUGGAGCUUUCAUUAGACUGCAACCAUCUUGAAGGCCACAUCCCUCAAGAACUUGGAGCGUUGUCCCGUCUGCAGAAACUCAAAAUUGCAGGAAACAACUUGAGUGGCUCAAUUCCUACAGAACUCAAGGAGUGCUCCAACCUUGAGUUCUUGAAUUUAAGCGGGAAUAAUCUGGAAAACAGUAUUCCUGUGGAGAUCGGCAAUCUCUGGUCUCUUCAAGUUCUCGAUCUGAGUCAAAAUUUGCUUACGGGAGUAAUACCUAGACAACUGCAACGAUUGCACAGAUUGGAAAUACUCAAUCUCUCACACAAUCAGCUUUCGGGUUCAAUUGAAUCGACCUUUGAUGAUAUGGUAAGCUUGACAUUCAUCAAUAUUUCGUUUAAUGAGUUAGAGGGUCCUUUACCAAACAUUCCAGCCUUUCGUAAUGCUACAAUUGAAGUUGUGAGAGGGAACAAAGGCUUGUGUGGAGUUUUUGCUUGUCUCGACCCUUGUACAGCAAAAAUGUCGAAAGGCAAAAACAAAACCAAAAAGUUGUUGUUAAUUGUGAUUCCUACUUUAGGUUGCCUACUUUCUUUGCUUCUUAUUGUGGGAGCUUCAAGUACUGUAUGCCGAAGAGUUAGGAAAACGGGGCCCAGUUCGAACAAUGGAAGCAGUGAAAACCUGUGGGGAGUUUGGAGCUUUGAUGGAAGAAUGGUUUAUGAGAGCAUUAUUGAAGCCACGGAGGAGUUUGAUGCCAAAUAUUGCAUCGGUGUGGGAGGACAUGGGAGUGUUUACAAGGCCCAGUUGCAAACAGGUGAGAUUGUUGCUGUGAAGAAACUUAAGGAAGCACCGGAUGUCGAAAUGGCUAGUCGAGAAGCAUUUGGAAGAGAGAUUCAUGUUUUGACCAAAACCCGCCAUCGGAAUAUCAUCAAGCUCUAUGGCUUUUGCUUGAGUUCACGACACUCAUUUUUAGUGUAUGAGUUCUUGGAACCUGGCAGCUUAAAGGAUGUAUUGAACAAUGAAGGAAGGAUAACGGCAUUUGACUGGAAUAAGAGACUCAAUGUUGUUAAAGGUUUGGUUUAUGCUUUGUCCUACAUGCACCAUGAAUGCUCUCCUCCUAUAAUUCAUCGAGACAUAACGAGCAAGAACAUUUUACUUGAUGAAGAAUAUGAAGUUCAUGUCUCUGAUUUUGGCACGGCUAAGGUUCUAGAACCUUAUGCAUCCAAUUGGACUUCUUUUGCGGGGACCUUUGGAUAUUCAGCUCCAGAGCUCGCAUACACAAUGGAGGUAAAGGAGAAAUGCGAUGUUUAUAGCUUUGGAGUAGUGACAUUGGAAGUAAUCAUGGGUAGACAUCCGGGCGAUCUCCUAUCAUCUCUCGCAUUCUCAUCUUCAUCAUCAUCAAGCAAUUCAACAGCUUCACGUUGGCCACUAAAACAAGUUCUAGAUCAAAGAAUUCCACACCCAGAACAUGACGUGUUGGGGCGAGUGGCUUUCAUCGUGAAGAUGGCAUUUUCUUGCUUAAGUGCAAAACCAGAGUAUCGUCCAAGCAUGCAACAAGUGUCUCAAGCGAUAUCCGCACGUAGUUCGAUCAUGAUAAGCGUGUCGGAGGACACAAAAUUGGAAGAGCUAGUUAAUCUUGGAUGCUUCCCAUAUUAACAUUUUGGCCUUUCUGCUGCUGCUUGUGUAGCAAGUUCUCUCCUUUAUUUCUCAUAGAACGAUUAUAUGUACUGUUUCACUUAUUUUCGCAGUGAUUUAUUAUUAACUA